ACUGCUUUCAUAUUAUAUGCAUCAAUUUGUAAAUUUAAUAUUAAACAACGAAGAGUGUACAAAAGGCUAUGCUUGUCUCAGAGAAUAUCUCUGAUGUCUGUGCUGUGACAGAAAACAAGGAACAUUUUAAGGGGGAAGGCACAAAGCUUUGGGGAGGACGAUUUUCACAAAAAACUGAUACUUUUUUAGACAAACUGAACGCAUCAAUUGUCUAUGACAAACGUAUGUGGUAUGAAGAUAUACAGGGUAGUCAAGCAUAUGCACGUGCCUUGCAAAGGGCUGGUUUCUUGACAGAAGUAGAGGAACAAGAAAUACAAAAAGGACUGGAAUUGGUUGGUCAAGAGUUGGAACUGGAUAAGUUUAAGUUACAUCAGUCUGAUGAAGACAUACACACUGCAAUUGAAAGAAGGCUGAAGGAACUGAUAGGGUUGCCGGCUACCAAACUGCACACAGGCCGCAGCCGUAAUGACCAGGUGGCAACAGAUAUGAAGUUAUGGCUGAAAUCAAGGUUAAAUACUUUGAAGAAAUAUAUUCUGGAUUUAACACAGCACUGCUUGAUAUCACUGAGCACUGUUGCAAGUUCCCCUGUCCAGAUUUUGGUUGAGAGAGCAAAGACAGAGGUUGGCAUUCUGAUACCAGGAUACACACAUCUCCAACGAGCCCAGCCAGUGCAGUGGAGCCAUUGGCUAUUAAGUUAUGCCUGGUAUCUCAAGGAAGAUUGUGAUCGCCUUUUACAAGUGCAGGAACGUAUGAAUAUAAUGCCUCUUGGCAGCGGAGCACUGGCAGGGAUUCCAUUCUCCAUUAAUCGCAGUCUUCUUGCCAAGGAGCUUGGUUUUACGAGAUUUACAUACAACAGUAUGAAUGCUGUUGGGAAUAGAGAUUUCAUAGCUGAAUUCUUGUUCUGGGCUUCUCUAACUGCUGUUCAUUUAAGUCGACUGGCUGAAGACUUAAUUCUCUACAGCAGUAGAGAAUUUGGUUUUGUCAGUCUGUCUGAAUCUCACUGUACCGGUAGCAGCCUUAUGCCACAGAAGAAGAAUCCUGAUAGUUUGGAGCUCAUUCGAGGAAAGACCGGAAGGAUUUAUGGGAAUAAUUGUGGAUUUAUGAUGGUAUUAAAGGGAUUACCAUCCACAUACAAUAAGGAUCUGCAGGAGGACAAGCAAGCCAUGUUUGACACUUAUGACAGCCUUGAGAGCAUCCUUCAAGUAGCAAUGGGAACAGUUAAAACACUCAUGGUGAAUGAAGAAUCUUGCACUGCGGCUCUCACACCCAAUAUGUUGGCCACAGACCUGGCCUACUACUUAGUAAGAAAAGGGGUUGCAUUUCGGGAAGCUCAUCACUUAGCUGGCGAAGUUGUAAUAUUAUCAGAGAAACAACGUGUAGAUAUGCCAAGUUUAUCUUUGGAACAGUUGAAGUCAGUCAGUGAAAAGUUUGAGGAUGAUGUGCUGAAAAUAUGGGACUACAAACACAGCGUAGAACAAUACCAAACUGUGGGGGGCACAAGUACCAGCAGUAUCAUACACCAGAUCCAUGUACUGGAGGAGUGGCUGCACUUCAGUGAAGAGAAUUAAAUGGCCAUUAGCAACAACAAUCUCCUGUAUGGUCCUCUUGAUUUCCCACCCUCAGCCCACCUGACAAGAGUAAAUGAAUCCAUUUCUGAGGUAGAAGCCAGAGGGCAACAUUCAGUUUACUCCCAGUUGUGGAGAGGCAAAGAAUAUGAUGGGUGGCAGAGAGGACCAACAGCUUGUCAUCACUACACACCAUGGCUGAGACCUGGUAAAUACAAAUUCUAAUGUUCUGACAGCUAAAUAAUACUAUAUAAACUGACUCUGUAAAAGUUAUGUUUCAUUUUUCUUCAAUAAAGUAAUAAUGUCAUGAUAUGAAGAUAGUAAUACCAUCUCUAUAUGACAUAUUUUCCAUUAUACAGCAGCUACAUUCUUUAUGGGGAGUCAUUGUUUGAGUACUGUGGUUAUAUAUAUUUACACUGUGAAACACUCAUGAAUGAAAGUUUAUGCAUGCACACACAUACAUGCACACAGAUUCACUUGAAACAUAUUUAGCAUACUUUUUAAAAUCACCUCCAUAGGAGUUACAUGUGUGAUCAGUGACUAGAUGAUAAAUAACAUUUCAAAGCCCUGAAUGAAAAUAAGUUUAGAAGUUAUUAUAUGGGCAGCCAUAUUUCAAAUGUUCACA